UUACUAUUAUACUACAGGCACUCGUAGUUCUUGUUAGUUAUUAUUGAGGCACGGAUGUUGUUGCACCUGUAACUUUUUUCUACUUUUAAUUGCUAAGGUUUACCUGAAGAUUAGGCGGUAAGAGAUUUAGUUUAUUUUAAGUACGCUCCUAAAAAACCAAGUUUUUCAAGGUAUAAAAACUCACAGUCUCCAAAACGAAUAAGUAUAGGUAUGCAAUAUACAUCCACGCGUUAAACCAGCUAAUAUAGUUUCGGUACCGUUAUUAGUCAUUAUGUCUCAAAAUGAGAUUAAUAAAAAUAGCGUUUCCCCAAAAAAAGUAUCAAUUUUGAAAAAUGAAAAAAGAGGAGCAUUUGCAGCUAUAUUAUUGUCCGGAGUAAUAAUCACCGUAUUCGUGGUGUAUUAUUUAAUAUUAGGCGAGGAGUCACGGAAAAAAAAUUCAUUACAACUCAUCAUAGCCAUUUUUAGACAAGGUGACCGAAGUCCAUUGAAAUGGGAAACUUAUCCUAAUGACCUUUAUCCGCCUAUGAGCGAAGGGACAUGGCCAGAUGGCUUAGGACAGUUGACCAAUGCAGGAAAAUUAAAGUCAUAUGAAUUUGGAAGACGAUUUCGAAAGCGAUAUACGAAAUUUCUCCCAGUCACCUACAACAGUAGUUUAGUUUCAGUACAGAGUACAGAAUUUGAUCGUACACAAAUGACAGCAUCAGCAUUUUUAGCAGGAGCAUUUCCACCCAAUGGCAGACAAAUUUGGAACAACGAUUUACAAUGGAUACCUAUACCAAUUUAUUCGAUACCUCCAAAUCAAGACAACAUACUAAGAGUAACAAAACCUUGCCCUGCUUAUGAUGCAGAAUUUGAAAAAGCAAAAAAUGAAACUGAAAAACAAAUGUUAAUUAAAUAUGAAACUUUUUUCAACUAUGUAUCUAAUCACACAGGUUUGGAAAUAAAACAUCUAUCAGACAUUGAAAAUAUAUUUAAUUCAUUAACUAUUCAGCAAAGAAAUCAUCUAACUUUGCCAUCAUGGGUAAAGGUAAAAAAUUACAUGGGUCUUAUGGAAAACAUUGUCUUAGAAUGGUUAAUUACUUAUUCGAAAACGGAUUCCAUGAAAAAAUUAAGGUCCGGAAAACUUAUCGGUGAAAUAGUUAGAGUAAUGAGAGAUAAAAUGGAUGGAAGAUUAAAUCCCGAUAGAAAAGUAUUUGCUUACUUUAGUCAUGAGCAAACGUUAAUUGAUUUUUUACAUACAUUGGGAAUGAAAAAUCUUUUUAAACCUAGUUAUGGAGCUUCAGCUUUUAUUGAAUUACACAAAAUCAAAGAAGAAUUCUACGUAAAAAUAAUGUACACUAAAACCUAUGACACUCCAGAUAUUCUAUCUCUAGAAAUGGAAAACCAAAGAAUUUUUUUACCGACAUUAGAAGAUUUUAUAAUAUCAACAGAAAAUUAUGUACCAAAAAACUGGGAAAAAGAAUGCCAGCUUAAAUAACAUUUGACUAAUAACAAUUUAAAUGUAUAUGUAUAUAUUAAUCAUUUUUAAACCCUACUUUUAAUUAUAUUUUAAUAGUAU